ACUCCGUACUUUUGCGAUCAGUAGUGAAUUGAGGCGGCGGCAUGGCGUCGCUUUCUGUGAAUUGUUGCAGGGCGAUGCAGGCCGGAAAGAGACUUCUACCGGCUCACAAGCUGGUGCCAGCGGUAAGCGGAGCGGUCCCGGUCCGCCGACUGAACCUCCACGAGUACCAGAGCAAGACGCUGAUGGAGCAGUACGGUUGCAACACGCAGAGGUUCAAGAUUGCCACCAGCACACAACAGGCUCAAACUGCUACCUCUGAACUAGGUAUGGGAGCCCGUUUGAAAUAAUCAGGGGAGCCCCGGGGUAAUUGGGUGUUGAUUAGGUGUGGAGGAGGUGGUAGUGAAGGCCCAGAUACUUGCCGGGGGGCGUGGAAAGGGGGUGUUCUCCAGUGGACUUCAGGGAGGGGUCAAAGUCACAAAGGAUUUAGCGUCAGUGCCGGAGCUAGUGUCUCAGAUGAUUGGCUACAACUUGAAGACCAAACAGACGACUGGAGAUGGAGUGACCGUCAGAAAAGUGAUGGUGGCAGAGAGUCUGGACAUUUCCAGAGAGACCUACUUUGCCAUAGUCCUGGAUCGCUCCAUGCAAGGUCCUGUCCUGGUGGGCAGUCCAGAGGGAGGGGUCGACAUCGAGGAGGUCGCCGCUUCUCGUCCCGAGAGGAUUUUCAAGACCCCAGUAGAUAUAACUGUGGGGGUGACAGACAAACAGGCCUCAGAGAUGGCAAAGAACUUGGAGUUCACAGGCCCGGCUCUGGAAGAGGCUGCACGGCAGAUAAAGAGCCUGUACCGACUGUUCUGUGGAGUGGACGCCACUCAAGUAGAGAUCAACCCUCUCGGAGAGACAUCUGAGGGGGAAGUGGUGUGUUUCGAUGCCAAGAUAAACUUUGACGACAGUGCAAAGUUCAGACAGAGGGAGAUAUUUGCGAUGGAGGACACGGCAGAGAGCGACCCUCGGGAAGUGGAGGCAGCUCGCUACGACCUCAACUACAUCGGAAUGACUGGGGACAUUGGCUGCCUCGGUAUAUACACUUUCCAAGUAGUUAAACAGGUCACACAGCAUCCUCUCUCUCUCUCUCUCUCUCUGCCUCCAGUGAAUGGAGCAGGUCUGGCGAUGGCAACAAUGGACAUCAUCAAACUCCACAACGGACAACCGGCAAACUUUCUCGAUGUUGGUGGAGGGGUUAACGAAAAACAGGUUCUCAAUGCCUUCAGGAUCAUCACCAAUGAUCCUCAGGUGAAGGCCAUUCUGGUGAAUAUAUUUGGUGGCAUAGUCGACUGCACCACUAUUGCCAAUGGCAUAGUAGGAGCAUGUAGAGAGAUUCAGCUGAGGAUGCCCCUGGUCGUUAGACUGGAAGGUACUAACAGUGUCAAGGCAAGGCAGAUCCUGGACGAGAGUGGGCUCCCCAUACAAGCAGCUAGUGAUCUAGCAGACGCUGCCAACAAAGUUGUAGCAUCUCUACACUCGUAGCCUCGAUUUUUCUUUGAGAGUGGAUUAUUAUUGUUAUGAUUUGUGCUAAUAA